CAGCCUCAGAUGUCUCAUGUGAGAUGAAGAAAGAAACUUUGUUUCACCUCAAUCCUGUCCUAUUUCUACUCUCAUUGUUGAUUCUCUUGCCAUUUUUUGGGGUUGUUCAUUCGGCCCAAAUCAGCCAUGGACCUCUGACUGAUGCAGAAGCGCACUACAUUAGGCAAAGACAGCUGCUUUCCUACAGGGAUGAGUUUGGGGACAGAGGUGAGCUGGUGACCGUCGACCCAACCUUAACUUUUGAGAAUCCAAGGCUCAGAAAUGCAUACAUUGCAUUACAGGCCUGGAAAGAAGCCAUCUUAUCAGAUCCCUCCAACUUCACUGGGGAUUGGGUUGGAUCUGAUGUGUGCAACUACACUGGAGUCUUCUGCGCUCCGGCGCCGGACAACCCCAAAAUCCGCACGGUAGCCGGCAUCGACCUUAACCACGCUGACAUUGCCGGGUACCUCCCGGCAGAGCUGGGACUUCUCACAGAUCUCGGUCUCUUCCACAUCAAUUCCAACAGGUUUUGUGGGACUAUCCCUGGAACGUUCAAGAAUUUGGAGAUACUGUUCGAAUUGGACUUGAGUAACAACCGGUUUGCUGGCAAAUUCCCUUACGUCGUGCUCAGUUUACCAAAAUUGAUAUUCUUAGACAUAAGGUUCAACGAAUUCGAAGGAACUGUUCCCCCACAGCUAUUUGACAAGCCGUUGGAUGCCAUAUUCAUCAACCACAACAGGUUUGCCUUUGAAUUGCCCGACAACUUCGGCAAUUCGCCAGUUUCAGUGAUAGUCCUGGCCAACAACAAGUUCCAUGGGUGCGUGCCAGCAAGUAUUGGCAACAUGAGCAAUCUGAAUGAGGUUAUUUUCUUGAACAACGCGUUCAGAUCUUGUGUGCCGGAGGAAAUUGGACUGCUCAAGAAUUUGACUGUCUUGGAUUUGAGCUUCAACCAAUUGAUGGGGCCAUUGCCGGAUAACAUUGGUGGGCUGGUGAGUUUGGAGCAGCUGGAUGUGGCGCAUAACAUGCUGAGAGGGUCUAUUCCGCAGAGCAUAUGCCAGCUUCCAAGGCUUCAGAAUUUCACGUUUUCUUUUAACUUUUUCACUGGUGAGCCUCCGACGUGUUUGGCUCUGCCAGCAUUCGACGACCGCCAGAAUUGUUUGCCGGCUAGGCCAGCGCAGCGCCCUGCUGCUCAGUGUAAGGCAUUCUUGUCUAAGAAAAUUCAUUGCAGUGCAUUCAAGUGUCAUCCGUUUAUUCCUACCUUGCCCCCUCCUCCUCCACCUUCACCGCCACCUCCAGUGCCGGUACCCUCAUCGCCUCCUCCCCCGGUGCCGGUACCCUCAUUGCCCCCUCCUCUUUCCUCUCCUCCACCUCCAGUUUAUACACCCGCAUCACCCCCACCACCACCUGUUUACUCUCCUCCUCCACCGCCAGUUUAUUCUCCGCCACCUCCUCCCCCCUCACCGCCUCCACCUUCUCCUCCUCCUCCAUCUCCUCCUCCACCUUCACCUCCUCCGCCAAUUUACCCUCCGCCAAUUUACUCACCGCCACCACCUUCUCCCCCUCCUCCAUCUCCUCCACCGCCAUCUCCACCUCCUCCAUCACCUCCUCCUCCAGCUAUCUCACCACCUCCACCUUCCCCUCCACCUCCUUCGCCUACUCCGCCAUACUGUGUGCGCUCACCGCCGCCUCCACCACCAAAUUCUCCACCACCUCCUCUAUACUCUCCACCACCUAUCCCCUACUAUUAUAAUUCACCCCCACCUCCGCCACCAAACUCACCCCCACCUCCACCACCAGUGUACAUUUACUCAUCGCCGCCCCCGCCACCACUUGUACACUCCCCACCUCCCCCGCCAGUUGUACACUCCCCGCCUCCACCUCAUUCACCUCCACCACCAUCACCACCACCUUGUAUAGAACCCCCUCCACCACCACCACCUUGUAUAGAACCCCCUCCACCACCAUCACCACCGCCUUGUAUAGAACCACCACCACCUCCGCCAUCACCUUCACCACCACCACCACCAUAUAUUUAUAAGCCACCACCAUCACCAUCACCCCCACCACCACCGAUUAUAUACAAUUCACCACCUCCACCAUCACCUUCGCCACCUCCACAAACUUACUAUAAUUCACCGCCACCGCCAUCGCAAUCGCCUCCACCCCCAGUUCACUACAACUCACCACCUCCCCCAUCACCAUCACCUCCCCCGCCAGUUCAUUACCACUCUCCGCCGCCACCAUCACCCUCGCCGCCUCCCCCAAUUCCAUGUGAACAUCCACCACCGCCUCCGCCAGUGAUUUACGAGAGCCCACCACCUCCUGCUCCGGUAUACGAAGGGCCAUUGCCGCCAGUAAUUGGGGUGUCAUACGCAUCUCCCCCACCACCACCCUUCUAUUGAUUCUUUUGAGAACUUUCCUCUAACCCAAUCCUCGUAAACUCAAAAAGGGAAAAGGAAAAAAAAAAUAAGGAGGACAAAUAUUGAAGUAUUAGCUUUGUACUAUUCAUUCUUUCACUUCUCUGUCAAUCCAUCUUCGGAACUCGCACAAAUACUUAAAAUGCUCAUCACCGAGAUGAGAAAGCGGAAGCAUUCUGUGCCGGGAAAGUGUAAUCUAGCAUUGAGAGGAUAUAAAUUGUGUUAUAGUCAAGCUGAGGAAUUAGACAAUGAAGAUGGUGACCGGGAAAAAGAGAGAUUGGAUGAGGCGGAGGAGAGGUAAGAGGUAAAGUUCUCGCUCCCUAUAUUUAUUUGAUCAUUGAUAAAAAGAAAAAGAAAAGAGAAGUGGAGUUUGUGAAAUAAAAUUGGCAGAGAAGGAAAGCGGAGAGAGGUUAGUAGAGAUUUGCAGGAAGAAGGAAGUUUUUCUUUUAUCAUCUCAAAUGUAUGUAUAGAGAUCAUCGUCAUCGUCAUAAUCAAAUCAUCAGGGGCAAGAAGCCAGAAGCCAGUAAUAUGGGUGUUGCUGCUGCUGCUGCUUCUGCUUUGUUGAUUAUUACUCUUAUUUCUCUCUUGUUACUUCUUUUAUUAUACAUUUUUUUUGGGGAUAUUUAGCCGUGUUUGAUUCACAGUUAUACUAGUAGUAUAAUCAUAAACAGUUUACAUUUGGAUUCAUUCUGAGAAACUAGACCCAUUAUUUUCUGUUUCUGGGCUCCCCUGUUUCUUCUUUCAUUUUCAUGUCGCUGAGACAUGUAUGUUUCAGCUGAACAUUUGGAAAGCGAAGUGAUAUUUGCACUCCCAA